UAUAUAAUUCUAGAACUUAUAACAAUGACUACUACUGCAACACCUUACUGGAAGCGGCUGUGGCGCUGGGUAUCGUCGCAAAGCCUAACAGAAGAGGAACUAGUGUUGAUUUUAGAUAAAAAUGUUGUUCAAGCUUUGCGCGAAGGUCUUGCAAGUUACAAACCACUCAAACCAGAAUCAUAUACACAACUGCAAUCCAAAUACCCAGAUCAAACUAAGUUAUUAAGUGUUGUUCAAACUUUGCAGAAUUACAUUGAAAUAGAUUCUUUUCAAAUAUGGGAUAUCUUGAAACAUUAUUUAUGUGAUAUUUCCUAUGGAACCCCUGAUAAUGCCUUGAAGAAUUUAGCCUUUGUGGAUACAAGACCAACAUUUAUUCUUCCAAAUGCAUGGAAUUUCUAUUUUUCUGAAAGAUUAUAUCUUCUCAAAUUUUUACUUUACAUUAUUCAAUUUCAAAAUGACACAAGUCAUAAGUAUUAUAAGCAGUUUGUUAAAGUUAUUGAUGAUAUUGGACUUGAUUCCUUAAAGUCAUCACUUAUUGGUCAGUUUGAGAAAUUAUUAACUGCAACACCUCCACCUAGAAAAAUACAAGGGGACUUUGGAAGCGAGACCGUGAGACAGGAAUGGGCUGAGUCAAACUUAAGAGAGCAAUUAGUGAUACUACAGAAUCUUAUGUUAAUAGCCGAUAACAGCAAUUUUUCAGAAGAAGAAUUUAUCAAUCUCUUUAAAUUAUUUAGAAAACAUAGUUUUGGCAAGAAUCAAGGUUUCAAUAUAUUUUUAGAAGAAAGACAUAGAGAACCAUGUCUGAGAAUUAUGUAUAUGGAAGUAGGAAUUAUAACAUUAAUAUUGGAUAAAAAUAAAAUCAAGAGUGUAACGAGUUGGAUAGACAAGACCAAAGAGACAGUAGAAGGAGAAUUGAAUAAAUUGGAACCAAAUGCAGAACACAGUCUUAUGCUUAUUACUUGGAUGAUGUUAACAUUACAGAGUGAAUCUUACGCGAAAAUGUUUGAGAAUCAAUACCAGCACUAUGGAGCAACGGCACUGAGAAUGAAAGUUUUUGUGUUCAUCCAACAGAUGCUCAACAGUUCAGUGUUCACUGAUAACUCAAAAUGUUCACUAGUGACACGACACCGAUUGUUUAAACUUUUGAACGAAAUGUGUGACAAGUUUGAUGGAGAUGGUACUUUGAGCCACCAGCCUGGCAUCAUGCCUUUAUGUGCUGACCUCUUAAAGACUCCCAGCUUAGCUGAAGAAUUCUGGGAAUUAUAUCAAAGAGAUGAACUGUAUGGAGUGGUUUCGCUAUGGAAUACAGCUUUGGAGUACUUUCCUUACAAUUUCAAUGCGCUGUCUAUACUAUCAGCUGGAUUGGCUGAAGCAGGCAAGGACAGUGUAAUAAAUCUAAUAGCACAACUUAAAAAUCUUCCCGUCUACAGUGAGAUAUAUAAUCCAAACUCAGUUCCAAUAAUGUCAUUGCAAGCAGAUGACGCUAUCAUUGGACGCGAAUAUUUUCCUCUGGGUGAUGAGUCUUAUCGCAUCGAAACUGGUUCCAAAGCAACCGUCAUGGAAAGAAAAGAAGGCACUAUGAUACAUUUCCGGACUCCAUAUACCUAUUGGACUGUCUUUAAUAACGAAAUAGAAAAAGCGUUAGAUCGCAAGCAAAGUCAUCAAAACAUAAACGUUACUCUAGAACGAGUUUACGAAGGCACAAGAGUAUUAAAAGGUGUUUUGAAAGCGUUGAAAAAGGAAAUUCCAAGAAUGUUGGUCGGCCCGAGUGAAGGCGUGUUUGAUGUUUUGGUUCGGUUUAUGAGAUCAGAUGCACCGCCGUUGCCUCUGUUGAUUGAAUGUCUCGAAAUAUGUACGACUUUGAUUCAGAUAUUCCCAAAAGAAGUCCAUUUGAGGCUUAUCAAUACAGGUCUCUUACCACGUAUUGUCAACCAACAACUGACUCAUGUAGAGUACGCUAAUGGAGCAUCUUUGGAUUCUGCUGCAGUUGGUACUUACUUAGUGACCAUCGAACAACCCAGUGGAACUUACGGCUUCUUAGGAACUUACAUUGACAUGUUGUGUGCCUUUCUAGAGGCAUCAGAUGAUGACAGAAUAAUAAAAGAAAUCAUACUGCCAGGUCUAGUACUUAUGGUGCGCGAAAUUUUUCCAAAUGUUUGCGGAUGGCGUUACAACAACACUUCAGAAAGGCGUAAACUCUUACAGAGAUGUGCUAAACUGUUUACUCUUAUUCUCGAGCAGUCUAACACGAAACCAAGCAUGACAUUGUUGAGAAAAACUUGUGUGUAUAGUCUCAUGUAUACAGAGAAUACAUUGGAGCUACUGAAAAUUAUUUCAAUUGGUAACGAUCACCUAGAGCAUCUAAUACAAGAAGAUACAAAUUGGGUAUCAGGUCUCGGUUGUCAAUACACAUCAACUUUACAGCGAUGUCUUGCUAUUGUGAUGUUUGUACUUCGGCAGAAAUCUUUAGUCAGUGAUCUAAAAGAGGUCACACCUCUAGAAAGGCUUAUAUUCGCACAAAAUAAACAAAAAGAUGAGUUAAAAGUUGUGCCAAAGGUUACGAGCUAUAUCAACCAUGCAUUUAAUAAGAGUUUGUCGGUGCUCAGCUGCCGUCUACUGAAAAGGUUUGCCGAUGGUUUCCAAAUGUCAUUAUUUGCAUCACUAGACAUGACAGCUUAUCAAGUACGAGUGAUAUUCCUUGAUCGUCUCCGAGAUGAAUAUGAAACAAUUGAACUGAAAAUCGCUAUAUUAGAUUUUGUAACCACCUGUGUCGGUAAACAACCAGGACUUACCGAGGCUUUCUUUAUGAUGAACCACGAAAAAGUUAAAGCAGAAGAAAAAGAGAAAGAUAAUCAAAAUAAAGAAGUUACUCCCCAAACAGAGCCAGAUGACAGUUUUGAAGGUAUCCUUGGAUAUAUGGCCGAUUAUCUUGGAACUGUGAAGGCAGAUGCUAAAUUACUGCAUAGUCCACUACUGGCAUGUAUUAUGGCCCUAUUUCAUGCUUUGUGGAAGAACAAUAUGCAAAUUUUAGUCAAGAAACUUCGGGAACACCCGAAGUUUUGGGAACACAUGACCAGUCCCCUUUUUAGUGAAAUUCAACCAGAACUACGAACAUAUAGUCAAAUAUUUAAUGUCCUCGGAAUCGAACUUUUCGUUUCAAGAGGAAAACUUGAGAGUAAUUUCAAGGAUAUGUUAGAAUUAUUUUUUGAUACUAAUAAGAAACACUUGGAUGAUUGGAUAGAAUAUAUAUUUUCAUUAAAAGGUAGAGGUAGUGAAGAGGAUGUCGUCGACAAAGUACCAGUGUGGCUAGGUCUUCUUACAUCUUGGAAAGAUUUUACUACAAUCUUCUGUAAAUGUUUGCCUAUAAGUCUGAAUAUUGCACACAAGACGAAAAUGGUAGCGCCUUGCAUGACUGCAUUAUUAAAUGAAUUGGACGAUCUAAAAGAUGGCAGACUUGUUGUUAUUUUAGCAGAACUGUACGUUAUUAUGCUAGCAAAUUGGAAAGAUGAUUGUUUUGAUAAUCGUAAAACUAGCGCCAAGCAAAUUGAUAAUUUGUUAACUAAUACUGCUAUCGUUUAUGAGUGUCUACAUCCACGAGCUAUUCGUUCUAUAUUGUCCAUCGGAACGGUUGCUAUUAGCAGCUUGGAUUACGAAAUAAAGGCAAAUAGUGUGCUAGCUCAAAGUAUUAUACGUUCCGUCACUAAUAUUAAUAGUUUGGAAUUGGAAAAAUUGUUUGAUGAAAUAAGAGACGAGAAGAUAAAUGGUGCCAAACAAAACCCAAACGAAGAUAUACCGCCUAUAGUUUUAUCACUAGCCAUGCUUGAACAAUGCUUGGAUUUAUACGACGAUAUGUUUUCUGGCCUAUCUCAGUGGUUCCAGUCCACGAAGUUUAUAAAUAAGUUGCUCUGUUAUCUACAAAUUUGCUUACAAAAUAAAAAAUACUAUCAGACAUCUUUAGCUGCCCUGAGAUGUUUGACAGCGUACUCUAGAGGUCCAUUCUGUAAAGAUCUACUGAUGAGCGAUGUUGACCAAUUUCUAUGGAUGCAACUUCUACCGCCGAAGUUUGAAAACAACGGUAAUGGGAACAACCCUUUGUCUUGGAAACAUCAAGAGUGGUGGCGUGUCUAUGGUUACGGAUUAGAUUUUAUAUCGAUGAUGUUGAUGAAACAUGGACAAUUCUUCGCCGGCGAAGCGAUCACCUUUGUCGGUGUUCAUCUGGAACAUCUCAUCGAAACAGUUUUACUUCCUCGUCAAGUGUAUAACCUAGAUGCGUUGAAUUUAUGCGCAUCGACUCUCAACCUCAUCGUUCAGAUGGUGAAGUUCGAAGCGAGAUGGCGGCUUCAAAACAUUAACUCAUUAAUUGGCAUAAUGCGCGGCGCGAGCGCGUGCCUGCAGCAGUGCGUGCUGCUGCUGCUGCGCGCGCGCCGCUCGCCCGAGCUCACGCCGCAGCCCGACGACCAGCCGCCGGCCGCGCCGCCCGCGCCCGCCGCGCUGCACAGAAUAUUGGAAAUUCUUCACAUGGCAACACUCUGCCUGCUGUCGUUCAGUCCAGACUUGCUAUCCCUUUUGGCUGAUCCAGAGUUAGAUACUGAACGAUGGCAACCGAUUGUUGAACUCCACUUUGGUGCACCGAAAAUCACAUACGAGCAGUUCCCUCAACUCACUUUCGGAACUAUUCUGCCUGCGAUUUGCUUGCUCACAAAAUCGUUAAAUCACGCGUACCACUCGGAGGAGGCGAGCGGCGCGCGCUCCCCGCGCGGGAGGCGGCGUGCGUGCUCGUGCGGCGCGGCGGGAGGCGGGGCGGGCGCGGGGGGCGGGGCGGGCGCGGCGGGCAGUCCGGGCGCGCGCGCGGCGCGCAGCGAGUCCGCGGGCAGCAUGUCGUCGGCCGCCAGCGCGCUGCCCGCGCCCAGCGAGCGCCUCGUGGCCGGCGCGCUCGAGGCCACCGUCACGCUGCUGGCCUCGCAGGCACUACUAGCUGUUCGUGAUCCGCAUGUCCCAACUCGCCAUAAACAACUACUGCGACGCGAGCUCGCAUCUGAACUAACCGUUUUCCACGACUUCGUUCGCAAACGUAUUCUCUGCGCAGCGCACUCCCGCCCCCAUCUCGUCCGCAAUAAGUUAGGCAUGUGGCCGCUCGCCGCUAACGAGGAAGAAACAAAGAGGAUCGAGGAGGCUAGAAAAGAGAAAAAUCCCAGUAUCAGCGAUGAUAACGACAAGGAACUCCCUCCGCCGCCACCGCCUAAGCGGUCAACCCACGACUCCAUGCGCGAGUACAUUCUCCGCAAGCACUACCUGGACAAAUGUGCCCAAACCCCUACCAAGGAUCCGCCGUUGCCCGUUUCACAUUCUACACCCGCGUCCGACAAGAAGAAAGACAUAUCGCGGACCUCGAAGCGCGUGUCGUGGGCCGACACGACGACGGACAGCGAUGAUACUCUCGAUAACUCACAGGGCAUUGAAACCAUAUACUCAAAUUUAACAGAUGUACAAAUUAAUAAUGAUGAGGAUUAUUUCCACUUCAUGUCUAUCGUGUUUUUUUACAUUUGCCAAUCUGAGAUAUAGUAUUUUUUUUUUUGUUUCUUUAAGCUUAAUAAAUCGUUUUACAUUU